UACUUUCACUUUGCUCAUGGGAAGUCUAUUUUGGAUUUGAUUAGAUACAACAGUUACCAUUUAGAGUACACAAGUAGUGGAAAUGUAAGUUAUGGUGGGGUGUUUUUGGUAUCCACUCUAUACAUGAAAUGCAAAGCACGUUCACUCUGACCUUUUUGUUUUGGGUUGUUCACUCCACUGUGAGGCUGCUAUGGGGUCGGAGGUCAGAGUGUAUUUAACAGUAGUUGUGUUUUCAGGCUCUUGCCCUCUCCAGUCUCUUGUCUAGUCCACGUGGUCAGAGGAAGGAAGGGAGCAGAGAGGCAGGAAGGAAGGUGUCAGCCAUGCUGGAGGUGGAGCUGCCAGAGCAGGCAGACUGUAAUCUGAGAAGGGCUGAGCCCAGGAGAAGGGGCCCCACACCUCAGGAGAGAGAGUGAGGGAGAAUGUGAGCAUACUCUCUCCAGUCUAUUGGACUCCUUAGCCUACAGGGAGCAGCAGCGACCCUCUGUCGGAUCCAUUGCAUAGACUGUGUAGAGCCCUCUAGAGGGACUGCUCUGUGGUGCUCAGCCAGGACUGUCGAUCUCUUUCACCCUGCUGCCUGCCUGGGAGUUCCCUUUCUCUGCCUGGAGCAGCUGCCUUCUUGACUGACUGGAUCAACCAGAGGAUGCAGGGAGUGUACUUACACCAGGGCUCGACUACGCUUUCAGAAGUAGAAAAACACUGCCAGUGUUUCCUUAGCUUCCUCUUCAACUUUCUCCCUUUCUUUCCCUCUCUCCCUGGCUGGGCUGCCUGCCUGCUGCCAAAGCUGACUGCUGCCCAAGCUGCGUGCUAGGCUCUGGGAGCUGGAUAUACUUGUGUAACAUUCCUGAAUUACAGCAACGUGUUUUUUGGUCUCUGGUCCCCCCACCCACCCUCGGGUCCUCCACCCUUUCUUGGCCUUUUCCUGGGCUGCACUUUAAAGAGGAUUUUUGGAUUCUAGCCUCCUGCUCUCUCUGCUGUGGUGGUGAAAGAAGAGCCUGCAUCAAUGUGUCUUUCUGUGUGUUCGCUCUCUGGCUCUGUAUGAGGCUUCCAUCCCUCCAAGGUGUCUGUCCCUGGACUCUCAGGCUCUGAUUGAAGUAGUACAUCUGUGUUUUCAGAUGGGGGUUUAGGCAGAGACCCAAAGGGGGGGAGGGGGGUGGGGGGGCGGAAAGGAGCGGCCCUCUGUUAUGGGCUGUUUUGUUUCUAUGGAAAAACCGCAAUGAAGAGUUCCCUCACUCUCCCUAUGUCGGGCAGAGUUAAUGUGCAGCCUGUGAACUCAUGGAAGGGGGUGCUCAAGCUCUUCACAUGCAUAGCCACUAGAACAGCCAACAACCCCAAAGAGGUCCCCACAUUUCAAGAGAAGAAGAAAGCCUUAUUUGGGAAUCUUAUGGACGAAGAAAUGAGUCGCCAGACCGCCACAGCGCUGCCAACAGGAACCUCCAAGUGCGCCCCCUCCCAGCGCAUCCCCACCCUGUCCGGCACUACAGCCUCUAACAGCGACCUAGCCAGCCUGUUUGAGUGCCCUGUCUGCUUCGACUAUGUGCUGCCCCCCAUCCUGCAGUGCCAGAGCGGCCACCUGGUCUGCAGCAACUGCCGGCCCAAGCUCACCUGCUGCCCCACCUGCCGGGGCCCGCUGGGCUCCAUCCGGAACCUGGCCAUGGAGAAGGUGGCCAACUCUGUGCUCUUCCCCUGCAAGUAUGCGUCGUCGGGCUGCGAGGUAACACUGCCCCACACUGACAAGGCGGAGCACGAGGAGCUGUGUGAGUUCCGGCCGUACUCCUGCCCCUGCCCAGGGGCCUCCUGUAAGUGGCAGGGCUCGUUGGACGCGGUAAUGCCCCACCUCAUGCACCAGCACAAAUCCAUCACCACGCUGCAGGGCGAGGACAUCGUGUUCCUGGCUACAGACAUUAACCUGCCUGGGGCAGUGGACUGGGUCAUGAUGCAGUCCUGCUUUGGUUUCCACUUCAUGCUGGUCCUGGAGAAGCAGGAGAAGUACGACGGUCACCAGCAGUUCUUUGCCAUUGUGCAGCUAAUCGGCACGCGGAAGCAGGCAGAGAACUUUGCCUACCGCCUGGAGCUCAACGGGCACCGGCGACGGCUCACCUGGGAGGCCACGCCCCGCUCCAUCCACGAGGGCAUUGCCACGGCCAUUAUGAACAGCGACUGCCUGGUGUUUGACACCUCCAUCGCGCAGCUGUUUGCUGAGAACGGGAACCUGGGCAUCAAUGUCACCAUAUCCAUGUGCUGAGGACUGUCAGGUGGACAGCCAUUAACACACACACACACACACACACAUACAGGCACACACAUAUAUAUAUAUAUAUACACACACACACACACACACACACACUCAGACACACACACUCAGACACUACAGGAAACCUGGGUUUGGAGAGGAGCAGGGUGUAAGUGUUGUCCCAAGGAACCUGUUGCCAUUGUAAAUUGUGGUUUCGAACUUUCACAGAUUGGUAAGAGCUUGAUGCAAACAAUGGAACUCUAUCCCUGGGAUUACAUUUUAGGCUUCAAUACAAUAUUUGUUCAAUAAUUAAAGGUAAGUUUUUCUGAGAAUAAUCCACCAAUGCCCUUCAACCCAGAGCACACCUAUGGAGUGAACACUUCAACAGGUGGGGCUCAGUUUGUGGUCCAUCUUUGCAGAGGGAAGCUGGUAGAAGGGUUACAGAUGGUGAGAGACUGGGAGUGGGUGGACUCAAUUUGAGGGAGGGUGAGGCAUCAAAAACAAUGGCAAAUGUUUUUAUUUUUUAUAUAUUGCAUUUCAGUUGAGUCGAAGUGAAAUUAACUAUUAAUGUUUUAGUUUUUAGUUCUGUCCUUUUUUCCCCUCCUUGGAUGAGAAGGUCCUAGUACUGUGUGCACGGACAUUGGCUGAAAAGCUAGUUUGGUCUCUCUGGAGUCCAACGGUUUCAGCCUAAACCACUGAAUAUCUGACCAGGGGUGUAUUCAUUACGCCAAUUCUGUUGCAAAGCGUUUUACAACCAAAACAAGAGUUUCUAUUGGACAAAUUCAGGUAGGUCCCUCAGUUUCAUUCUGUUUGGUUUUUAAACGGUAAAUGUUUUUCCGUUGCAAGACGUAAUGAAUACACCCCAGGAAUGAGGACAGUUUCUACAGUUAUAAUUAAAUGGAGAUUGUUAUCAUUUUUGUAAUGACUUUUAAUGAAUGAAAAAUGCUGUUCCCUUGUGGCUAAUCUUCAGUGUUUGUAGAUCAAUUGUGUCGUUCUUUCGAAAACUUCAAUGUAUUUUAUUUUGUAAGUUAGUUUUCUCUUGUCGUUUGUCCGUCUUCGUCUAAAUUCUGUUUGUGAGUGGGCGUAGCAAUGCCAAACAUCUCUGUGGAUACAUAGUACUGUUGCUGGUCCCCAUCUCUUAAUUGUCUUUUGUUUUAUUUUGUCAUUAAAUAAAUCUCUUUUUCAUACCUUG